UGGCAUAUUCUCAGUACAAAGCAAAAAGAGAAGCGUCAAUGCUCGAGACCAUCAAAACUCGUCACGCGUAGAUGAAACAACCUCUGGACCAUGACCAUGAACAUGCCUUUACUAAUGAUGAUUGCCCUAAUUACCUCAAUGUCGUUGUUACUUGCCUCCGGCGAACCGAUCGCAACAACUUUAGACGGCCCGUUCAAGCCAUUGACCCGCCGGUUCGACCCGUCUCUACGGCGAGGCAGUGACGACUUGCCUAUGGACCAUCCGAGGCUGAGGAAGAGAAACGUCAGCUCCGAUUUCCCAGAACAGAUUGCUUUAGCUCUCUCUACUCCAACCUCCAUGUGGGUCUCUUGGGUCACUGGUGAUGCUGUAGUUGGAAAAGAUGUGAAACCGCUUGAUCCUAGCUCAGUUGCUAGUGAGGUUUGGUAUGGGAAGGAGAAAGGGAAAUAUUUGCUGAAAAAGAAAGGGAAUGCAACAGUAUACAGUCAGUUGUAUCCCUUUGAUGGUCUCCUCAAUUACACAUCAGGCAUCAUACACCAUGUUCUCAUUGAUGGUCUUGAACCAGAAACCAAGUACUAUUACAAGUGCGGCGACAGCUCUGUUCCUGCAAUGAGCCAGGAGCUCUCUUUUAAGACUUUGCCACUGCCAAGCAAAGAAGCAUAUCCGCAUCGAAUAGCCUUUGUUGGAGAUUUGGGUCUUACCAGUAACACAACCACCACCAUUGACCAUUUGAUGGAAAACGACCCUUCGAUGGUUAUAAUUGUUGGGGACUUAACGUAUGCAGACCAGUACCGUACAAUUGGUGGCAAAGGAGUUUCAUGCUUCUCAUGUUCAUUUCCCGAUGCACCUAUUAGGGAGACGUAUCAACCUCGCUGGGAUGCCAGGGGAAGGUUCAUGGAGCCACUUACCUCCAAAGUCCCGACGAUGGUCAUUGAAGGAAACCAUGAGAUUGAGCUUCAAGCUUCCGGAAUCACCUUUAAGUCAUAUUCUGAAAGGUUUGCAGUUCCUUCAAGUGAGAGUGGCUCCAACACCAACUUCUACUAUUCUUUUGAUGCGGGAGGAGUGCAUUUCGUUAUGUUGGGUGCAUAUGUUGACUAUAAUCACACUGGAGCACAAUAUGCAUGGCUAAAGGAAGACUUGUCUAAAGUUGAUCGCGCAGUGUCACCUUGGCUGGUUGCAACAAUGCAUCCGCCUUGGUACAACAGCUACUCCUCGCACUACCAGGAGUUUGAAUGCAUGAGGCAGGAAAUGGAAGAGCUUCUUUACCAACACCGUGUCGACAUUGUGUUUGCAGGACAUGUACAUGCAUACGAAAGAAUGAACCGCAUAUACAACUACACACUAGACCCGUGUGGGCCAGUUUACAUAACUAUAGGAGAUGGUGGUAACAUUGAGAAAGUUGAUGUGGACUUUGCGGACGACCCUGGGAAGUGUCCUUCUCCUGGAGACAACAUCCCCGAGAUAGGAGGAUCAUGCCCUUUAAAUUUUACUUCUGGCUCUGCAAAAGGAAAGUUUUGCUGGGACAGACAACCUGAUUGGAGUGCCUUCAGAGAGAGCAGCUUCGGCCAUGGAAUCCUUGAGGUCAUGAAUUCAACGCACGCCCUAUGGAGAUGGCAAAGGAAUCAAGAUGUCUAUAAGGACGACAUCGCUGGUGACCAAAUCUACAUUGUCCGUCAACCAAAUGUCUGCAUUUCCCUGCAAUUUCGAGGCGAAGAAAGGGAGAAAUCAGGCGGCAACAAGUCUAGAUACUUGCAUCCUGAUUUAAAAUCGAGAUUUGCAUUAUCUACAUAUUCAAGCAUAAAAUAAAGACCACUACCUAUAGCCUGGGUCUUGCCAUGUGAGAUUUAGAGUUUUUCAGAAUCUUCCUAACAAAUCACGAGGAAGGUGCCUCUUGCUCAACAUGCCAUUGCAUUUUCCAAAAUAUCCAUUGAAUCAUAACCAAUGCUCCAAAGAGCCUCAGUUUCCUGAGAAAUAUAGACGGUUGAUGUGAUCCCAUUGCUGGAGUUUGGAUGCAAUCGAAAAGAUUGACGCCAAGGUUCAGAGGAUAUGUGUGUAAGAUAGUCAGACGUCAAAUUGAUCCCUCAACACAUACAAUUUGGUAGAGUAUUCAAGGAUAAAUUAUCCAUUCCUGUAAAGCUGACCCUACAGUAAACAGGUGCAAGCUGAUCUGAUUAAAGAAGCAAUUCUGAGAUAUAGUUCCAUUGCUUCGCUAGCCAUAAAAAGCAAGCUGCCAACAUGAGAUAGACUGGUUUGAUCAGAUGUUACAGAGUUUUGAGACUUAUUGCAAAUGAGCCAUUUUUUUUGCUCCAAGUCCCCGUUAGAGUUAUUCCCGUAUUUUCGAAUGUUUGGUAGCUUUUGAAAUGAUCAAAAUCUUUUGGUGUUUGGUUUGGUUA